UCGGAAGUGCGGAGACUUUUCGUAAAGGGACGUUGGCACUAAUCUAUGUAGUGUCAUGGAGCGAGACAUCCAUUGGCUGGUUAAAACGUCACUCAAAUCCAGAAGUACAGUUUGUUAUAGAGGAAGUUACUGGAAAACUUCUGGGUCGCUCUGCAUUUAUUUUUCGUAACUAGGGAGUUGAUGGUUUUAUAUAAAAAUGGGAGACCGCCAGGACAGUUCCCCCAUGCAGGCUUUCGACAAGGACGCGCUGGAUCUGACAGUUGAAGAUGUUUACGACAUUUCGUAUGUGAUCGGUAGAGAUCUGUUGAAAGUGAACACGGGCGCUCGGGAGUUCUCGGAUUUACAGUUUAAAAUCGUCCGUGUGCUGGAGAUGUUUGAGAUGAUGGUGAACAAGUAUAACCUGUCACUGGAGGAGCUGAGGAUGGAGCGGGAUAACUUGAAGAGCGAGCUGGAAAGAGUCGCCUCAGAGGAGUCUAACGUUACCAGUAACAACCAUAACAUCGGUCCAAACAAGCUUAUUGUGGACCUAAAGGACCCCAAUCGCCCGCGGUUUACCAUGCAGGAGUUGAAGGAGGUUCUACAGGAGAGGAACCAACUCAAAGCACAGCUGCUGGUGGCCCAGGAGGAACUACAACUGUACAAGAGUGGGGUCCUGGGCUCAGAACAGAACAUGGUGGAGGUAAAUCUGGAGACCCCUUCUCCAUCAGAACCUCCCCCAACAAUCCCCUCAGAGAACAACAAAGAGAAAAGCACCAUUCAGAAACUAUUCUCUUUCCGACAAAAAUAACCAUUUGACAAAACCAAACAGAAAGACAAUCCAGUUUUGUACCAUCAGAAAGGAGUGUAAAACCAGCACCACCUACAUGUGUGAUGUCAACGCACAGAAAAUAAUAAUCAUCUCGUUCCUCAGUUAAAAAAAACUAUGGUUAUAGAGAGACACAACUUUUUAAAGUGCCUUGUUUUCUGAAAUACUCUCUGAUUGGUCAACCAGGAUUCCAACGUGUGACGGCUGUGGAGUGCUAUGGAGGCUGUAUGACUGACAGUGUUUGUCUUGAUGCUCAGUCAGUAGAUUUUUUACAUUGUAAUAGAUCAUAAUUAGUGGAUGAAAAAUCACAAGCAGGAUUUAAUACUUUCUAAUUAUUAUUAUUGCACAUGUAUAGGUUGUACGUACUGUAUGGUAUGUAUGUGUUGGGGUUUUUAUUCCAAGCUUAAUUUUUUGUAUUUUAUCCUGUUUUGGUUGAAGCAGAGCCAUUGAGAGAGAGAGUCGCGUCUUCUCCGUUGACUCCAAUGGAUCCGGUUUCAAUAGUUCCCGGAAGUUACUUGUAACGCAUGGAACAGCGACUAAACAGACCAACUGAGGUAAACUUCUUACCCACUUAAAGACGAAGGACAUUUAAUGAAUAUAAAAAUGAAAGAAAUAAAUCAUUUAAAGACAAAACGUAACUUCCUGGAACUAUCUGAAGGCUCCAUGAAUCACGUGAUGCUCCAGCGUUUUGGACUUCCAUUGGCUGAACUCACUCUCAAUGGCUCAUAGUUGAAGGCUGUUGCACGGAUAACAAAAUGCACUAAAAUUCCUUAUGGUGUAUGAAGUGAUCAUAUGGUGAGUGUUAAAGCUCAAAGCUGUGUUUUCAUGCACAGUUCCUACUAGAAUGAAAUUUCUUAUCUGUUAAGAACUUUAACAAAACCUUUCUGUGUUAUUUGCCAACAAGCAGUAGUUUUAUGUGAAUCCGAAACUUUUAUGUAUUAAUAAUUUUUUAUAUGUUGAAGUUGCAAAUUAUUAUAUCAAAAGUAAUAUAUCACAUUUGAAGUCACUGUGGUGGCCAAUAAAUUGUACUGGGAUGUAGA